CUGGUAACGAACUCAUCAAGCAGUCCAAUUCAGUCUCAACCAGACGUCGUUCUCCAAACCUUCAACAUGUCGAUGUUCAGAUCCAAGAAGCUCGACCUCGGUGGCUUCGUCAACGGCAAGAUCAUCCGUGACCACACCAAGCGGAAGGUCUUCGAGCAGCACGAAGCCGAACGUCAAGCUCUCCGCUAUGUGAUCCGCAACACCAGCCUCCCGCAGCGUGCCCGCGCCCAGGCCCAACUGCAGCUCGCCACGAUGCACGCCUACACCCGGUCCACCCAGAUCAAGAACCGCUGUGUGGCCGGUGGUACCGCGAGAUUCAUCAUCCGGGACUUCCGACUUGGAAGAUUCCAAUUCCGUGAACAGGCUUUGGCUGGAGAGCUGCCCGGUGUGAGGAAGGCCAGUUGGUAGAAGGAGAACAACAGACACGAGUGUUUGGUUGUUGGUCUGCGAUUGGUUGUUGUUCUUAUGUGAUAGAAGCUCAUUGCUUUGACAGCUUGCUGGGUUGGUUGGGUUUCUUUCCUCAUGGCGUUACGUUUCUUUCUUUCGUCUCCUCCUUCUCGUUCGUUCUUAGGGAAGGGGGCAUUGUAUUAUAUGUUAUGAUGGCUUGGGCUGAGAAUAUAACAUCAGUGUCCUGUGAG